GCGUAAACGUGUCGUAGAAAAUGGAGGAAAUCAUCUUGGAAAACAAACCUAAGCUCAUCAAAUGGCUUAGUUCGGAUUCUGAACUUUUUUUGCAAUAUGUUCAAGCUAAAAAACUUAUAACAAUGUCGCAGUAUAGUGAACUGAUGGACAUGACAGCUAAGGAAAGGGUUAUUAUCAGACUUCUGGACAUCAUUCUUGGAAGGGGUGAAAAUGUGUGCCGAAAAUUUCUGGAUUUGCUGAAAGAUGAUGAUGUGAAUGAAAUUUCUCCUGAGCUCAGAGAAUGGAUCAAAACUGUGGACACUAAAGACCAGAAAACAGAAAAAGACUGCAAAAGAAGAGAAAGUGGUGACAGGCCAAUACAAGAGACUGCAAACAUGACAAGACAUUCAGGCAUCCAAGUAAUAUGCAACAUCUCUGCAUCUGAUGGCAGCUUUAUAAAUUCGCCUGUCAUAACUGGUAGAAGUCUGUGCCCCAUUGAAUUUGAUACAACUGCUGCACCCUCUGGCAGAUCAGAUGUGCAGGCAAUUUGUAAGUACCAGAAACCUGAUAGAGACUGUCAACAGAGGCCAAUACAAGAUUGUCAGAUGUUUCUAAAAAAAAAUUUCAGUCUGUUGGUUCAAAAUGUGAAAAACAUUGAUCCAAUUAUUGAUGAUCUUGUUGACCUACACGCUGAAUCAGUUGCAAAUGUGAGAGCGAAGUCAACCGAUCAAGAGAAGAUGAGGAAACUGCUUGGCUGUGUGAAUUGUGAAAGCAUUGCUAAGGACCUGGUCAUCGCUCUGUACAAGCAUGAAAAACCUCUAAUGAAUGAACUGCAGAACAACUACUGAAAGUUGUAUUGUUUACCCACCAGAUUAGCAGCAUGUUACUAUGAAGAAAUGGCAUAUAAAUAAUAAAAUUCUGCAUUGUUCAUAUUAACCUUUUGCAUAGUUUGUAGGCUACUGCUUUAAAGUAUUA